AUGGAGCCAAAUGCAGGCCAUGAUGACUUCUUUGAACGCAUCAACUUAGAAGGAAAGAACACCGGGGCAGCAUUUUUCAUACAGCCGGGCUCUGGAGCUGAAACGCACUCCGGUGAUUGUUGCUGCAUCAACAUUUACAUAAACAGCAAUGUUCAGGGAGCUAACAAUUCGUUUCUGGAUGGGAGUUGUGUGAAAAUGAAGGAUCCAGGAGUUCACUUGUUCUUUGGAGACGUGAAGUUGGGCAAGUCUUUAAGAAGAAACAAGAUGAAGAGAAGGAGAAGGAGAAAGAAAGAGGAAAGCCCAUCUGCUUCGAAGCAGCAGAUAGGGUCUUGUCCCAUGUUUUUUGGAACUUAUCCAAACAUCAACUUAGCCAAUAACGCUAAGUAA